AUGGUGGAACUUGAGGCUAGUCGCAGCGUCAGAUUCAAUGAGGAGGACGAGGAAAUCCAUGUGGUGAACACAUUCCUGCAGGUGGGCAGGAGACAAAGGCUCGCGUGGCGCGACCAGAGCUCUCACUCUGCUCCGGCCGCUGUGCUCGACAACGUCAAGGGUGAGGAGCAGGACAAACCGCCGCAGGUCCGCGAAGAAGAGGCCUCUGAGGAUGAGUGUCCGCCAAUGGAGCAUUGGAGGACCUUCGAUUCCUUUGAGGGUGAGGAUGCCAGUCCCUCCGAGGAUGGGGCCGACGAGGACCCCUCGGAGCCCUUGGUGGGCAAGGUGUGCACGUUCGACCCUUUCGAAGAUGCCGGUGACCAGUUAGGUGGAAGACCUUUUCCGACCCAGGCACCUAGGCAACAGCAGAAGCUGAUGCAAUUGCAGCCGGCGGACAAGGAUAUGCAGCAGCCGCCUUCGCCGCAGCCUUCGCAGCCGCAGCCGCCGUUGCAACAGCAGCCGCAAAAAUCCGUACAGAAUACCCUGCAGCCUCCGCAAUCUUCCAUGGUUUGUGUGCAAGCCAUCCCUGUUCAGAUGCUUUGCCAAAACAUGCCUGGCAUGACAGUCGUGCCGGUGCUGUCGCCGGUGGGCACACCCAUCGGCUCACCCAGUGGCAGCCCGAGGCCCGAGCAGCCAGUACUUCUUGGCAGAACUUCUUCGAUUCCGGCAGCGAACUGCGAUACAGCUUCGCCGUCGCCCUUGGAGCGCGUACUCUUGCCCAAUGGAAAGGAGCUCAUCCGAUGGAAGGUGGACGCUCGAAAACUUGAGUCUCAGGAGAAGCAGAUGCUAUCGCCGGAGUUCGAGCUGAACCUGCCCGGGCUCACACCGAAGCCUUUCCGCAUCAUGAUCUUGGCCAAAGAGACAAAGGGCAAAGGCGGAAGAGGUUUUGUGAAGGCCGGGGGCCGCGGCAGACUAUUCAUCAAAUGCGAGACCUCGUCGCUGCCCCCCUCGAUGCGGCAGAUCGCCUUUCGCGUCACGGUCCCCGGCGCAGCUGCAGAGUCCAAAGGCCCCUGGUGGCACCAAUUCACAGAGCAGCCCGUUUGCCCGCUUCAAGGCAGCAAGGAGGAUUGGGAUUUGCAGUCCAAGGUCGACAAAGUCACCCGGCGCUUCGAGGUAAUGGUGGAGGUCGAGCACGCGUAG